GAGCGACCUUGCCGUUGAGACACGCAUAGCGAGCGCUCCAUGUCACCGAUGCUCGCUAUUUGAAGUGCCGCGACGCUGGUUGAUGUCUUGAAUACCCUUGACGAGCUGGGUGAGCCGGAAUUUAACUCAGCCAACAUGCCGACGUCCGCCGCAGCGUCACCUAGUCGCGGGAACACCGCGGAGGACGGCCAUGACGCACCCAAGAAUGGCGUAGCAAUGUCGUCCUCGAGUGCUUCGGUAGCGGGGGGCUCAGGAUCAGGCGCAGGUGCAUUAGGUGUAAGCGGUUCAUUCGCCGGUCGGAUAAUGCCAGUGCUAGGUGCGGUUACUGCUGCAGGUCUUUCGGCAUCUCCUUCUAAGGCUGGCGUAAACAAUGGCACCGCUAGCAGCAGCGGGUUUGCUGGAGGCGACAUGGACGAAGAUACCGCUGUUCUCGCAUAUCUCCGGAGGAAAGGCUUCAACCGGAUCGAACAAGCGUUUAAAGCAGAGCUUGAGGCUGUGUCUCGUGUGCAAGGUACCCGGCCAGGGCAGACUGGGCCCGCAUCAGCAGCAGAAAUAGCGGCAGCUACGGCAGCAGCAGCAGCUGAGACGGGUGGACUACCUAGUCUGCAGCCUAUUGCGCUGAAAGAACUGGCCCACAAGAAUGCUCCGCGGGACAUGCAGGCCGCUAGCAAAGGCCUUGGAGGAGCUUCCUCUGCAGCGGACACUGGCACACCCGGCACAGGUGGGCCCGCACCAGGCGAGGUCGAUGCAGCCGAAGCACUUGCAAGGGACCCAACAGAUACGACGCGGGGAUUUUCAGCCAUCAAGAACUGGUGCGAGGGCAGCUUGGAGGUCUACCAGGUUGAGCUUCGGCCUUUACUUCUGCCCCUCUUUGUUCACUCUUACCUCAAUCUCGUCGAUGGCGGCUACGGCGAUGCAGCCGGCGCCUUCUUCUCAGCUUUUAGCCACGCAUUCAUGCCGACGCACACGGUUCUCAUCUCGCAGAUCCGCGCCGUUGCUCUACCGCACCACCUCGCGUCUGAUUCACUAGCCGUCCGGUUUAGAACAGAGCGAUACAUAAUCAAGGUCACGCAGACGACCUUCUCGCUUCUGCUCGGCUGGCUGACAGAUGGCCUAGGGCCCGUCUCGGGCGCCGGCGCCGCCGAUGGACUCGCACUUGAUGAGGGCGAAGGGCGGGCUAGGCGCGCACGCGAUGUUGCGUUGCGCAUCCUCAACGAGAGGUGUAGAAUACAGGUCCUACAAGCCAAGCCAUACGAGCUCGACCCGGCGGUUUUGGAGGAAGGUGUCGGGCUCACGGGCAUCGGGCCAUCCUACGCUCCGUCUCCGCUCACCUCUGUGCAUCACUCGUCCUCCUCAUCCCACCCCUCGCGCUUGGGGUCCGAUGCGGUGACGGGGAAGGAUGCGGUGGCAGACUACAAUGCGUCUGCAGCGGGCCCGCAGCUAAAGCUGCACCCGCGCAUGCCGAUGAGCGAUCGUCUACAGGUGGAUGUAGCGAAAGAGCUGGAGCUACAAGAGUGGAGUGAGAAGCAGGCGCAAAAGCAGAGGCUCCUCAAGGCCAAACAUGAGGCAGAGGGUACCAGCGCGGCGGGCGCGGAGGACAAGGAUGGACAGACGUCCACAGAUGGGGCCGCGGAAGCGAAUGCGGACGUUUUGAUGACAGACGCAACAAAGAGCCCUUCCACUGGCGCUGCUGCAGCGGCGGGCUCAGUGCAAGGAGAACUGACGCUCCCAUCGACAGCACCAGCCAGCUCUGCAGGUUUGCUCGCGCCUGUGCUGGCGGACCUCGCGCCGCAGCCGCCCACGUAUCGAACAGUGGAUGUGAACCGUGAAGUGGCGCGCAUCCUGGAUGCACGCAAAGCGCUGCGCUUCGAUCUCGCGCUCGAGAGUGGCGUUGUUGGGCAAGGGUUCCUUAGCGGCGUAAGGGACCCUACGUUCAACGGCCGCGGCGAGGAAGGUGCUAAGGCGGCCAGAGCGGCAGCCAUGCCGAGCGUGUGCGCGUACACGUACCAUGAUGCGGAUGAUGGGUUGACGUGCUCGGUGUUCUCGCACGACACGUCCAUGAUGGCGGCCGGAUUCGAGGAGAGUUACGUGCAGGUGUGGAGCUUGAAGGGUGAAACGCUACGUGGGCUGCGGAGUGACUUCGACUUAAGCGAGGUUCGAGAUGCAAAAACGCUGAAAAAGGUGCGCGAAAGGGAGGGCCGCUCUACUCGCAAACUUAUUGGACACAGCGGACCGGUGUACAGCGUCGACUUUGAUCCGAUAGGUGGCAGCGCCAGUGCGCCGAAGCAUCUUCUCUCCUCGUCCGCCGACGGCACGACGCGCCUGUGGAGUUUGGAGACAUUCUCUGCGCUCGUCGCUUACAGGGGCCACAACCUGCCAGUGUGGAAUGUGAAGUGGGGCCCACAGGGAAUCUACUUUGCGACUGCUAGCGCGGACAAGACGGCGCGACUUUGGAGCACGGAGCGCAUCAAUCCAUUACGGAUCUACGCAGGCCACCUGAGCGAUGUUGAUUGCCUUGACUUUCAUCCCAACUCGCUCUACCUUGCGACCGGCUCUUCAGAUCGGACCUGCCGGCUCUGGGAUGUGCAACGAGGGACAUGCUUACGGCUCUUCGUCGGGCAUACCUCGAGCGUGUCUUGCGUCAAAAUCAGUCCUGAUGGGCGCUAUCUCGCGUCGGCAGGGACAGGCGAUGGGUUCUGGACGCCAUCGACCGCGAUGUCCCCCAAGACUGGUCCAGCGGGUGAUGACACAGGAAUCAGCUUGUGGGACCUCGCAUCAGGUAGGCGGAUCAAGAAGAUGUGGGGACAUACAGCGACAGUGCACGACCUUGACUUUAGCAGCGACGGAAAUCUCCUCGUCAGUGGCGGAGCAGAUUGCACGGUUCGCUGUUGGGACGUGAAAGGGCCAGGAGGGCGGCGGCGCGUGCCGGCAGAUGGCAGCGUUGAAGCUCAGCAGAUGGGCGCUAUGAGCGGCUCUGCAGAUGCUACCAAGGAAACCGCCAGCGCCGGCGUCAGCACAAGCGCCAAAGCGACAGGCAGCACUGGCACGGAGAAUUCAUAUAAUUGGCUGCAACAGUCCAGUGCGGAUUGUGUCGCCACAUUUUAUACCAAGCAGACACCGCUCGUCAACAUUAAGUUCACUCCGCGCAACCUCUGCAUGGUCGCAGGCGCGUACGAUCCGACGAUCUGAACGCUAAGGGGGCCCUGGGGCUUUCAAGGUGGCUUGCUUUGGGGGCAUGCGAGCGUGCUCACGUGGUGGCAUGGAUGUAUUUGACAGAACCAACAUGCUUG